UCUGUCUCCCUCCCUCCCUCUCUCUCCUUCCUUCCUUCCUCUCAUCAGCUUGCCACCUCUCACUUUGCAGCCUCUGCUCUCCCCUGCUUUCCUCUCCCAGACCCCCUCUCUCCCCAGUCCUUACCCUAUAAUCCCAGAGAGGGGACAUGCACCCCUCACCCUGCCUAGCUCCCCCUUGACAUCUCUGCAGAGCAGAUAAACUAAAUGAGAAAAUAUCCCUCUUUUGAUGAUUUAAUCCACAAAGCUACACACAAGUCUUUAGUAUAUGUAUAAAAAGAAGGGUCCACAUCACCCCACUGGAUAGAACGCAAGACUCAUCCCUCUGGGAUACAGAUUUUUCUUUCUUGUUUUUUUUUAAGACCCAGUCUUCACAAAUAUUAUCAAAGGAGAGUUUUGCAGGAAAUUGUGCUGGCAAGUGAUUUUCCAAAAGGACAUUCUUUUACCCUGGAAAAUAGGAACCUGCAGAAGCUGCUGUGGGGGCUCCUGGCACAGCCGCUGACCAUGCACUCCCUAGAUGAGCCUUUGGACCUAAAGCUCAGUAUCUCCAAGCUGCGGGCAGCACGGGAGAAGAGGGAGCGUAGUGUGGGCAGCCCCAGGAAACGCCUGGCAAACUCUCAACUGAGGAUUCGCGAUGAAGAAACCACAGCAGCCUCCCCUGUUUGCUCCUCACCCCCACCAGGGUUCCUCCCUCGGUUUCGGGAGAGGGACAGCCCCCCUUUCUCCUCUCCCCCCCUCGUGGACCUCAGCCUCUCCCCCCCUUCUGGCAUGGACUCUCCCAGUCGGGCAUCCCUGUCCCCAGACAGGGUGGUAGGAGGGGACACCCCCCUGGACAUCCCAUCGUUCCGCUGCACCAGCGACUCCACCCCAAGUCCCUUCCAGUUUUUCCUGCCCCUCAGCUCUGGGCUGCAGCUGCCUCCCUCCAUGUUCCUCUCCCCUCCCAAGGAAAAGCGCCUUUCCCUGGAGUACCCUGAGCAAAAGCAGCUGGUGUGUCAAUGGGCCAAGUGUAACCGCCUCUUCGAGCUGCUACAGGAGCUGGUGGACCAUGUUAAUGAUUUCCACGUCAAGCCAGAGAAGGACACGGGUUACUGCUGCCACUGGGAGGGCUGUGCCCGCCGAGGGAGAGGUUUCAAUGCCAGGUACAAGAUGCUAAUUCACAUCCGCACUCACACAAACGAGAGGCCGCACUGCUGCCCUACUUGUCACAAGAGCUUUUCGCGACUUGAAAACCUCAAGAUUCACAACCGAUCUCACACAGGUGAGAAACCCUACAUGUGCCCUUAUGAGGGCUGUAACAAGCGUUACUCUAAUUCAAGUGACCGCUUCAAGCAUACUCGUACCCACUACGUAGACAAGCCCUAUUACUGCAAGAUGCCAGGAUGUCAGAAACGCUACACAGAUCCCAGCUCACUGCGCAAGCACAUCAAAGCCCACGGCCACUUCAUCUCACACCAACAACGCCAACUGCUCAAAAUCCACCAGCCUCCAAAAUUGCCAGUGGCAGGAGGUAAUGGGUACGCUAGCGCUGCUCAGCUGAUUAUUCCAAACCCAGCAGCCAUCUUUAGCAGCCAGUCUCUGCCAAUACCGCUGGCACCAGGGCCUCUGGAUCUUAGCGCUCUAGCAUGCAGUGGAGUAGCAUCAGCUCUGGCUGGGUUGCCAAAUCCCAUGCUAACACUAGCAAGCUCUCCACUUAACCUGGCCAAAGGAUCCCUGUUAUCCCAGGCGUACACUGCAGCAGGUCUUGGCCUUCCCUUGGUCUCAUUGGUUGCAGCAGGAAAAGAGAGCGAGAAGCGUCCCAAGGGCCAAAGAUCAGAGGUCAGUGAGAGGACUGAAGGAUCAAAGUUGAGAUCAAACUCAGUGGAUGGUCUAUCUCUGCUGCCAGGGGGUGUCCUGGAUCUCUCACCUGGCAUGGGCUCAGAUUCUCUGCUGCCAGGAUGGGUGGUCAUUCCUCAAGGAUCAGUGUUACUAAAACCAGCCGUGGUCAACUGAAAAGUCAAAUACCCCCAAUUUUUACAUUAAAUGCACCCUACAUCCUAACCCAGCCUUUAAAAAGGCUCAGACUUUACGAGAUGUUGGGUUUCUCCUUUCAAGACAAGGCAUUUCCUGGACCAUGGUAUCUAUGGACUUCUGCCACACACAACAUGCAAGAAAUCUGCACGUUUCUGCCUUUACAAAACACAUUUCGCUUCUAUAAAAGACUGAAAUUGAAUUAUUAUUAUUAUUUUGCAUCAUCUAUUCCUAUUAAAAGUGGGACCAAAACCGGCAGAAUAUGAAUGGACUACUCGUAUGAGUGUCAGUAGCAAAAGAAGUGAUAGACAAUUCCAAGAGGAUUAUCUUGUUUCAGGGGACUUGGGUUUGUGACCGGCAGAAUUAAGCACUUAUAACGAGCUUGUUCUAAUGAAGCUCUGCGGAUCUCUGUGCCCGGUAGACGUUACUUUCAGAGAUCUGCAGAACCAUGUUUGUUUUGUCAAAAAUUCACGAGAGAAGAUGUAAAAAAUCUUCUGAGAAAAGCAAUAAGUUGUGAGGCGCUUGGAGCUGAAAAUGAAAUGACAAGAGGGAGCGGAGUGUGAGGGACAGAUUGGGGGGCACUCGAUCUGUGUCAUACACUAGCUCUCUGCAAAUUAACACAUUCAUGUACUAAAUACUCUCUCCUUGCUGGUGUAGCUUAUUGCAAGCAACCUCCAACUUGCACUCUUUUAUUAUGUGUCUACUUAUUUUACUUUAACGUGUUCUCUGCUGAUCUCAAAGGAAUAAUUUUUAAAUCUUGCACAUUGCUUUGUUUAGUUAUGCACUAGUUUUUGAGACACUCCUCUUCUUAAUCAUUCAUUUAUUGGCUAAACAAUCCUUUCCUUGAAAUCAUCUUUUUUUUUUUUUACCAUACUCUUCAUUAAAGGGACAUUAAGAUUGUAAUGUUAUUUAUUUUUGUAUAGUUAACAAACGACAACUUUGCAAUUAUUUUACCCUCUUUUUCUGUAAUUUAACUCUUAAUUUGUCAAGGUCCCCAAAUAAUUAAAGGUGCAUUCUCCAGA